GCCCAGGGCCGACGCCACCGCUCGCCACCGCCGUCGCUUUCGCCUUUCCCCCGCCCCAGCUCGUGCGCUCCCACCACUCCCCUCCACUCCUCCUCCCCCUUCUCCCCACACAGCCACCGAUUUCCACCACAAUCCUCCGCCUCCUCCCCAUCCGCGGCGUGUCCACCUGCCCGCCCUCCGACCGGCGGAAGCCUCCGGGGGUUUCUUGGUCCCUAGCGCCUUGGACGCUUCCCCCCGGGCCGCACCAGCCGCCCGCUUUUAGGUGCCCUCCCGCCACCGCUUUUGCGCUCCUUUUCGGCCGGGAUUGCUGCCGGUUCCUCGCCAAAGAUCGCAUCUCUGGCCUGUCGGAUCAGAUGAGAUGCGGGGGUGGCGGAGCCUGUAGGAGACAUGGCUGAAGCGGUCUCGUCCUCGCCCGGAUCCUCCGCGCCGGCGACGGCGGCCGCGUACGGUUACCCGCGCCGCCUCCAUGGCGCCUUCGUCGCCAGGGACGAGCUCCCGUACUCAUACCCCGCUUCCGCUGCCGCCCCGCCGCCGCCCGCGCCGCUGCCGCAGGCGCAGCAGGGCUCCUCCGGCGGGGGUGGCGGCAAGAUUAGCCCCGCGGUGCUCUUCAUCAUCGUCAUCCUCGCGGUGGUGUUCUUCAUCUCCGGCCUGCUCCACCUCCUCGUGCGCCUGCUCAUGAAGAAGCAGCACCGCCGCCGAGGCGGCUCGGCGGCCGCGGCGGGGCAGGGGCCCGGGGAGGCCGACGCGGCGCUGCAGCGCCAGCUGCAGCAGCUGUUCCACCUCCACGACUCCGGCCUGGACCAGGCCUUCAUCGACGCGCUGCCCGUCUUCUCCUACCGGGAGAUCGUCGUGGGCGGCGGCGGCGGCGACAAGGAGCCCUUCGACUGCGCCGUCUGCCUGUGCGAAUUCGACGCCGAGGACAGGCUCCGGCUGCUGCCGCUCUGCGGGCACGCCUUCCACCUGAACUGCAUCGACACAUGGCUGCUGUCCAACUCGACGUGCCCGCUCUGCCGCGGGGUGCUCUUCGCCCCAGGGCUGACAGCCGAGAAUAACCCGAUGUUCGAUUUCGAUGAGGGCUUGGAGGAAGGGCGGCUGUCGGAGUGCUGCGAGGAUGGUUUCGGAUUGCCCGCGCAGAAGUCCUCGGAGGGGUUGCAGACGCCGGUGGCCGAGAAAAGAGUGUUCCCGGUGAGGCUCGGCAAGUUCAAGAAUGUCGGCACCCAGGGUGCUGUUGAAGGUGGACACGGCGAUUCUGCUGUGCUGAGGAGGGAGGAAGGAGAGAGUAGCAGCAGCAGUUUGGAUGCAAGGAAAUGCUUCUCUAUGGGCACCUACCAGUAUGUUCUUGGGACUUCUGAGCUUCAGGUGGCUCUCCAGCCGGGCCGAACAAGAAAUGGUGCGAUGAGAACAAGACCUCCGGGUCUAAGUUGUGUGAAUGCCGACAUUAUGGAGGGAAAGAAAAUUUGCGCACGGAACAAAGGGGAGAGCUUCUCCAUGUCCAAGAUUUGGCAGUGGUCUAAUCUGAAGGGCAAGUUACCGGCCGGCUCAGAUGAUUGUUCAGAAGCGGGGAGCCUUCCAUGGAUGAAGAGAGGUGGCACCGGGGAUAAAUUGAACAUGUGAUGUGACUCUGUAAUGUGAUACUAGCUAAUAUUUCUCUUCUUAGUACCACUCCAUUAAUUUCUUACCUAUAAUUAUUCUAGUCUAAUUUUCAUAUUCAGAUUUUAAUUGGUAUUGGUUAAUCUCAUGGGGAGAUAAGUUUUUCGUAGUCA